AAAGACUUGGAGAGCAAUCUAGAACCAAAUUAUAUCUACGAAAGCUUAUUGGAUGACGAUUCCUCAACCCUAGAAAUUGCAAACAAUUGGCUAGACUCCUACCUAGCCAACUCAAAUCUCGCUUUAAAAGACCUACUCAACUUCCUUUUAAGAUCAACUGGCUGUCUUUCUCAAAUCCAAGAGCACGAUGUUUCAAACAACGACAGCGCUCCUGACACAAUCGCUGAAAUUCAAUCAAUGUUUAAUAACCAAAAAAUUCACGAUUUUCCUUUCAUAUCAAAGAUACCAAAAUUUAAAAACUUGAAGAAAAACUCCCUUUUAUUUAUUGACUCAAUCAUAGAAUUGGCCUAUGAGAAAAACGUCCUUCUUUUUAACGAUAACGAUGAUGACAACAGCGACAAAUCCCAAAACGGUAACGAUUUAUAUGAAAACUUCUUGAUUUGGUUUGGAACAUUAUCAACCUCAAACAUCAGGCCCCUAAGAUACAUCUCAACCCUAUUCUUACUAUCAAUCGAAACAACAUUUUGCAACUUAAUCAUUAAAACAACAAAAUCUCUUGAAAAAAACCAAAACAACCUUCAAAUCGAAAAUUUGAAAAUAAAAGAAAUCAAAAAAAUACAAAAAAGAUGCAACCAAAUUAACUCAAACAUUAACCUAUACUCAACCCAAAAAAACCUACUACAAGAAUUUAUUAAAGACAUAUCAAACACAACUUUCAUACAUAGAUAUAAAGACAUUGAUAAAAAAAUUAGAAUAGAAUGCAUCAAAAGUCUAGGUAACUGGAUGGACUUGUAUCCAGAACUAUUUUUCGAAACUACAUAUCUACGAUAUUUUGGUUGGCUACUAUCUGACACUGAUCAUUUGGUCAGGUUGGAAGUUUUAAAACCCUUGACUAAAUUAUACAAAAAGGGCUUAAUUGUACCAGGAUUUCGACAAUUCACUGAAAGAUUUAAAAAUAAAAUCAUAGACCUAGCUACUUUUGAUAACGAUUUCUCCGUAAGAAUUAACUCAAUCCAUUUACUAUCAGAAAUCAAUAAAAUUGGUUUUCUAGAAGAUGAAGAGAUCACCAAAAUCAAUUCUCUUCUUUUUAUAACU